GCCUGCGGCUGCCCACUGUACUGGAAGGGGCCUCUCUUCUAUGGAGCCGGCGGGGAGCGCACAGGCUCAGUGUCCGUCCACAAGUUCGUGGCCAUGUGGAGAAAGAUCCUCCAGAACUGCCACGACGAAGCCGCCAGAUUCGUGCACCUGCUCAUGAACCCCGGCUGCAACUACCUGGUGCAGGAAGACUUCGUCCCUUUCCUGCAGGACGUGGUGAACACGCACCCGGGCCUGUCCUUCCUGAAGGAGGCGUCCGAGUUCCACUCCCGCUACAUCACCACGGUCAUCCAGAGGAUAUUCUACACCGUCAACAGGUCCUGGACUGGGAGGAUCACCUGCACCGAGCUCCGGAGGAGCACCUUCCUGCAGAACGUGGCCCUGCUGGAGGAGGAGGCGGACAUCAACCAGCUCACGGAGUACUUCUCCUACGAGCACUUCUACGUCAUCUACUGCAAGUUCUGGGAGCUGGACACAGACCACGACCUCCUCAUCGAYGCGCAGGACCUGGCCCGACACAAUGACCACGGUGAGCCUGGCUGCARGACGUGGGGCAGGGCACUGAGCAGGCCCAGGUGACACCGCACACUGCUC